AUGGGACCUACCAAGGGCGUUAUCUGCCUGGCUACGACCAAGAUCUCUUCCUUGUACCGCUCGAGCUUCAACAUUUCCGAGGACUGUCUCACCCUCAACGUCAUCCGACCGGCCGGCGACCACACAAACCUACCGGUCUUGGUCUGGAUCUAUGGCGGUGGCCUCUAUGCUGGCUCAACCGCAGACCCACAAUAUAAUCUCAGCGGCAUCGUCAAGGUCAGCCAGGACAUGGGACAGCCCGUGAUCGCCGUCGACAUGAAUUACCGCCUUGGAAUGUGGGGCUUCCUGCAGACACCCGCACUGGUAGCUGAGGGUUCGAGUAAUGCAGGCCUGAUCGAUCAGAGGCUGGCGCUGCAGUGGAUCCAGGAGAAUAUCGCCGCCUUUGGUGGUGACCCAGAGCGUGUGGUCGUCUGGGGCGAGAGUGCUGGGGCCCAGAGCAUUGCCUAUCACUUGCUCAGCCAUGACGGUCGUGAUGAUGGCUUAUACCGCGGCGCGAUUCUCGAAAGCGGCGGUCCAACUGGUUGUCAGGUACAGGACUUGGCUUACUACACUGUCCCUGUGGAAAACCUCACACGGACCGUGGGCUGCUACACCGCGAGUGACCAGCUCGCAUGCCUGCGCGGACUUGAUCAGGACAAGCUUUUUGCCGCCUCGCCAUCACAAGUCUGGAACCCCUUGAUCGAGGGGAACUUCCUCACGGGCUACCCAAGCACCCUCAUCCGCGAUGGGAAGUACAAUGCCAUUCCCCUCCUGACUGGCACAAAUACCGACGAAGGCGCUUCAUUUGGUCCGUCUGGGCCCAACACCGAGGCGGAUCUCUUCAACGCGUUCCUGUGGUGGCGUAGUUAUGCCCUAUCUCCCCCAACGAUCCGGAAGUUCCUGGAGCUAUACCCAGACGACCCUUGCGUCCAGCCGCCCUUGUACAUCAACAACUGCUCUGUCUUCCCCUCGAAAGGGCUAGCAUGGCGCCGGGGCGCCGCCAUUGGUGGUGAUAUGGUGAUGCAUUCUGGCAGGCGCAAGAUGUGCGAGUUGUAUGCCGGAACAGCGGGGCAGGACGUUUACUCGUACAGGUUCGACACGCGCCUGUGGAACAAGACGGAACUCGCCGGGAUCCAGCAUUUUGACAACGUUGCCUUCAGCUUCCAGAACAUCACCGGGCUCCUGGGCCCAAGUCCGACGUAUGACAAUGACUUGAGGAUUGCAAGGUCCGUCGCUGUGGCCUACAUCAGCUUUGUACACAACCUCGACCCAAACCCGCCCAGUGCGUGGAACGUGCAGGACAACGUGGACUUGCUGGCCUUACCUACUUGGCCCAAGUACAGCAUUGAGGAGCCGACAAACAUGGUAUUGAAUGCUACGGCCGGCCCUUGGGUCGAGGCAGACACAUGGAGGAAGGAAGGCAUUGCCUUCAUGAACACGUACGAGGUUGCAAGGGAGCUGCUGGCAUAG